UAAGUUCUGUUUUCUGUGUGUUUUAUGGAGAACCAUACUUGAAUCAACUCAUAUAAUAAGACACCGCUACUAUGAGAAAUCUAGUCAUAUGAUUAGGAUAUACGUGUUUUGUGUUUCUCAGAUUGUCCAUCGCUAUGACAUCAUUCUGAUCCAGGAGGUCAGAGACAGCGAUCUGUCAGCGACCAGAAAACUCAUGGAGCACGUCAACAAAGGUUCUCCUCAGUUCAGGUACAGCCACAUCGUCAGCGAGCCUCUGGGUCGCAGCUCCUACAAGGAGAGAUAUCUCUUCCUCUACAGGGAGCAGACGGUGUCCGUGGCUACAAACUACACCUACGACGACGGCUGCGAGCCAUGCGGGACGGACACCUUCAGCCGAGAGCCCUUCGUCGUCAUGUUCACCUCCAAACAAACCGCUGUGAGGAACUUUGUUCUGAUCCCCCAGCACACCUCUCCAGACUCCGCUGUGAAGGAAGCCGACGCCCUCUAUGACGUGGCGGCUGAUGUCCGCGUCCGCUGGAACACCAAUGACAUCGUGCUGCUGGGCGACUUCAACACAGGCUGCAGUUACGUAUCAGGCUCCGACUGGCAGCAGAUCCGCCUCUUCACGGACAAGAGUUUCCACUGGCUGAUCACCGACGAGGCCGACACGACUGUGUCACACACUAACUGCCCUUACGACAGGAUUGUGGUCACUGAUGACAUGAUGAAGGGAGUGGUGCCCGGCAGCACUGAGGUCUACAACUACAUGGUGGACUUGAAACUCAGCCACAGUCUGGCAUUGGCUGUCAGCGACCAUUUCCCUGUGGAGGUGGAGCUGAUUGGCCAGGCUGCUGCUGCUGCUGCUGCUGCCUGAACCUCGACUCCCACAAGUGUUGCAGAAACCUCCAGGCUGAAUGGAGUCAUGAGGGAUCAGUGUGGGAACUCUUUGCAAUCACACAGCAUUACAUUUAUGAGACCAAAAUAAACAAAUAAUUUCUGCUAUUCUA